AUGGUAACUGUUAAUGGGAAGAUUAUUCCUUUAACACACACAAUAUGUGCAUCUGCUGCAUUCUUGGUAGCUUUAGCUACAGGUUAUAGUCUACAUUUCCAUAAAAUUGUUCGGAACGCUCAUUAUGGAUAUCCUGAUGAAUGGUUCCCAAGUGUCUCUGCCACAAUAGGUGAUAGAUAUCCGGAGAGAUCCAUCUUUCAGAUUCUGAUUGCAUUGACUGCAUUCCCAAGAUUUCUAUUGUUAUUAGGACAUUACUAUAUCAAUCGCUGUAUUACUACUUUAAUUAUAGGGACUUUGAGAACAGUUUCAUGUGGUGGCUGGGUAUACAUAACAAGCACAGACGAUCAUGACACUCAUGAUAUUUUUAUGAUUGUAUAUAUUGUCUUAACAUUACCUUGGGAUAUUUUAAUCUCAAGGUUAUCUAAGUUCAAGAAAGCUAAGAUAACGAUGGCAGGUACCUUUUUUGGUUUAUUGAUUCCAAUGCUUUAUCAGUAUUAUCAACACCAAGUUAUGAUUGUUCCUGGUGCAUAUUCUAGAUAUGCUUACUUUGAGUGGUCAUUAAUAUUUCUGGAUAUUGGAUUUGAUGCUCUUGCUUACCAUGAUUUUAAAACGAUCAAUAUCAAUCUAUCACUUGAUGGUUUAAUAAGUGCUACUUUUUUUUCAACUAAUGUGGGAGAAAAGAGAAUCAAAGAAGACAAUAUAAAAAUUAAGAAAGAAAGAUCGGAAGCUAUUCAAUCAUCUAAUGAAAAGAAGGUGGUAUCAUCAGGAGGUAAAAAUGAGUUGACUCCAUAUGAUUCAUGUCUAUACCUUGCAGUUAAUACUUUCAACGCAUUCAUUUUUUGGUCAAAUUUGACUGCUUUGGUUUGUAGUAUAUGGCACUUUCCUUUAUGGUACAUGGGCAUUUCUGGUUAUGAAGCAGCUAUUAUUGGAUAUACCGGCCCAAUCAUUCUUUACUUACCAUUCGUCCAAUCCAUUAUUCGUAAGCAUGGAUUUAUGCUGGGUGCAAUAAUUGGUGUUGGCUCAUACGCAAUCCGUAAACCAGAGUCAAGACUGAUUACUGUUUCUAUCGGUACUGCUAUUACUAUGGCCAAUUUUGCUUUAAAUCUGAUUAGAAUACCAGAUUAUCAAGUUUUACGUUCAUAUGUAUCAACUUGGGUAUACGGUCUUGUCAUUUCAGUGGCUAUUAAGAUGAGAUUCUACUCUAAUAAUCCAAUCUGGCCAAUUUUACAUGAUGAAAACCAAGGUUGGAAUAAAGAGGCCAUACUUUUAAUUUUGAUUUCCAGCAUGGUCACACCUUAUGUUAAUGAGAUUAACUUUGUUAAAUCUACCAUAACUAGACCAAAGAUUGGCUUUUUCUCCAAGUUUUUCAUUGCCGUUGGAUUCGGUUCAUUAAUUUUCAGCAUUCAUCAAAUGUUUGUUGAUUCAUCGACAAUUAUUUACUGGUCUUGGGAAGGUUACAAUCAAGAGACGCAGGGUCCAUUACAAUGGCCCUGGAGUGCUUUAACUUGUGCUGUAAUGUUAUUUGCUGCUUUCACUUCAUUUGUGUUUGUUAGAAGACCAUUACUACCUGCUCUUAUUUUAACGUUAUCUACUGCGGUAUUGUAUUCUAGUGAUAUUAAAGAAUGGCCUAAGUUUAUUGGCGGUUUAUUUUAUGUCGUUUCUGUUGUGUGGUUGAUCCCAAAUAUUAUCGUUGCCACAUCGGACGCAAACAGUAUUGCUGUUUUUGUAUUUGGUUUCUUGUUAUAUGUCAUUCUAGUCUUGGCUCAUGUAUGGACUGUUGCCUACGCAUUUGUUCCAUUUGGUUGGUUAUUGAGAGAGAGGUUGCACGUGGUGUUAGCUAUUGGUACUGGAGGUAUUUUAAUAGGGACUUUCUUCUCUUCUAUGUCUAAAUCUAAGGAACCAAUCACUAUGAGCAGGAAAUUUAAUUGGUUAAUGACGCUUUUGGCAUUAAUUGUUGCAUGCGCUAUUGGUGGAUUUUCAUAUCAAAUUAGACCUAACGGUAUCCCACAACCUUACCACCCUGAAUCUAAGUUAAUUACUGCAGGUAUUUGGACGAUCCACUUUGGGCUAGAUAAUGACAUGUGGGCUUCCGAAGAUGGUAUGUCAGAGUUAUUUAGCGAUAUGGAACUUGAUAUUGUUGGUCUGUUAGAAACAGAUACUCAACAUAUUACAAUGGGUAAUAGAGACUUGACUAAUAAAAUUGCACAUGAUUUGAAUAUGUAUGCUGAUUUUGGACCGGGUCCAAACAAGAAUACAUGGGGCUGCGCUUUACUGUCUAAAUUCCCAAUUAUCAACUCUACCCAUCAUUUGUUACCAUCUCCCGUUGGUGAAUUGGCUCCAGCUAUCCAUGCUACCAUUCUAACUUACGAUGAUAUCUUAGUUGAUGUUUUCGUUUUCCAUAGUGGUCAAGAAGAAGAUGAAGAAGACAGAAGAUUGCAAUCCGAAGGUAUGGCAAAGAUAAUGGGAAGUUCAGAUCGCCCAGCCAUCUUAUUAAGUUAUUUGGUCACCGAUCCGUUAGUUGAUAACUAUAACAACUAUGUCAGUGAGACAUCUGGUAUGCAUGACAUUGACCCAUCAGACGAUGAUAGAUGGUGUGAAUAUAUUUUGUACAAGGAUAUCAAGAGAACUGGUUAUGCUAGAGUUUCUAGGGGUACCAUUACAGAUACUGAAUUACAAGUUGGUAAAUUCCAAGUUUUAAACUCUGAACAGUUGCACGAACAAGGUGAUUCUAUUUAUAACACAGAGUUUGAUAAUGAAAGACAAUCUGAAGAUAUGGAAUUCCCAGAGAUGUUUUUAGGUGAGGGUGAAAGAGGUCAUCAUUAUCACGUAUUCGACGAACCUAGAUACUUCCAUUGA